GCCCCCGUGCGAAUUUCCAGUUCCGGCCUCACAGGGGCGGACAGAAGGUGGGGACCAUGCGGCUGUCGGUGGCAGCAGCCAUCUCCCACGGUCGUGUAUUUCGCCGUCUGGGCCUCGGUCCAGAGUCCCGUAUCCACCUGCUGCGGAACUUGCUUACAGGACUCGUGCGACACGAACGCAUAGAGGCCUCGUGGGCGCGCGUGGACGAAAUGAGAGGCUACGCCGAGAAGCUCAUCGACUAUGGGAAGCUGGGAGACACCAACGAACAGGCCAUGCGCAUGGCUGACUUCUGGCUUACGGAGAAAGACUUGAUCCCAAAGCUGUUUCAAGUACUGGCCCCUCGCUACCAAGGUCAGAAUGGGGGCUACACGAGAAUGCUGCAGAUCCCAAAUCGGAGUAAGCAGGAUCGGGCCAAGAUGGCAGUGAUCGAGUAUAAAGGGAACUGCCUCCCACCCCUGCCCUUGCCUCGCAGAGACAGCAACCUUACUCUUCUAAACCAGCUGCUUCAGGGGUUGCAGCAGGACCAGAAAGCAAGCAUCCACGGCUCCCACACAGCUCAAACACCAGGGAUUUAACAGGAGCCAAACGGGUGUGUGGCAUACUCAUCAAUGCCUAUGAUCAUUUUGGAGCUCUUUUAAUCUCUAAGAAGAACUGGAGCUAGAGUUGUUAAUGGACAGUCUUAAUGGAGCCAAGAAGCUUCUGGGGAGCCAGAUAAUCAUCUCUUUGCAGAGUAGAUAAAAUUCCUUGUAUGAAUAUAUGAAUGUAUAAGGGUGGGGUUUUUUUCCUCCUCUUGAGAUUUUUGGAGAAUGAGAACUAAUCAAAGGCUCAGUCUCCAUGGGUUAGUAAAUUCAUUGCUUAUGUUUCUGGCUCUUGAUCUGAGUUGUGUUUGGUUAGCACAGUUUUGUUUUUCUUAAUGCCAGUUUUUAUGGGGCUUGUAUCUUAUUAUUCCAAACCGGCCUCCAAAGGUGAUUGAAUUUUGACAUCUAGCAUAGAUACUGAACCCCUGGGAUUUCUUAGAGAAAACUUAAGUCCUGACAGGAUAGGAGAGUGAACAUGUAGAAUUGAAUCUUCCAUAAUAAUCUGGUACCUUAGGAAACUUGAAGAACACUACAACUAUUCCUCUGUUUCUAAGCAGGAUCACAUAUUACCCUCAUGUGCUCCUCUCAGCUCUGAAUAGGCCUUACAGGAGAGGACCUGAGAACUCAGAGGCACCACCUUUCUGGCGGAAAGGGUGGAAGUGGGUGGAAGCACUCAGUAAAGGAUAAGCUCCUUCCUCUUGGAGUGACGGGGUAGGAGGUGGGGGAAUAAAGAGAGGGUUGAGGUGGGAGGAGGGUUAGGAAGUUAAAUGUGCUGGGAAUUUCCUGGAAGUUUUUAUUGUUGUCAAAUCUGGGCUUCUCUGGGAACUCAGAAAAGGGAAAUCCGGCUUCAGAAUGGCCAAGGCGUAUGAGAAGUAGGAAGCUCCUUUAUACCCACUAAUUAUUGUGAAGCCAGACUUAGCCUAGCCAGGCUGCCCAUUCCUCAGGCUCAGAGGUUUGACUAGGAUAGUAGCCGUGGGAAGACUUGGAACUAUUAUCCCUGCCUGUACACUUGACAGCAAGGCCUAACAGUUUUCAUAUCGCUAGUACAGUGAAAAAGAAGAUAUUUUAUCUUAGACUGGACCUUCACAGUGUAUUUGGCCUGCUAAACCCAACCAUCAUCAGCAAGUAAGGGUGAGGGUGGAAGGGGUCACUGGUCUAGAAGAUACUAGCUUCAUGGACAGAGCUAUUCCUUGCUAUUUCACUGCAGCUGCUCUAGUCUUAAGAUUCAUCUGUUCCCAACAGGGUUCUCCCAUCUCCCUCUAAUUUGUCCUUCACAGUAUUGCCAGAAAGCUCCUUCUGACAUAUUUUGAGUGACAUGGUAGACACUCAAAAGCAUUUAUUCAAUAAACCUACAAUUCUGAAUGUUUCCCCAAAAUUCACCUCCUUCCUGUCCUUGGCAUGAACCUCAACUAGAUAUCUUGGAGUCAUCAUCCCUGACUCCUAGAGAAAGUACUUCCUUUAAAAUUAAAACUACGGAUGCCUGGGCGGCUCAGUGAUUGAGCAUCUGCCUUUAGCUCAGGGCGUGAUGCCAGAGUUCCAGGAUCAAGUCCCACAUCAGGCUUCCUGCAGGGAGCCUGCUUCUCCCUCUGCCUAUGUCUCUGCCUCUCUCUGUGUCUCUUAUGAAUAAAUAAAUAAAUAAAUCAUUUAAAAAAUUUAAAACUAAAAAAAAUAAAAAAUAAAAAAUUUAAAACUACAUCUGUUAAGUAUUACCAUAGGUGGGUUAUGAUUCAAAUCUCAGCUUUUCCUCUUAGUCCCCAGAAACAGAUCUCCCUUGGGGGUUUUCAACAAUUCCUUAAGUGCAUAAUAAGCAUGUGCUACUUUCCAUCAUUUUAGUCACUAGGGAUAUAGUCUUUAUCAAGUGUUUGCCGUAUGCCAAGCCCUAGGCUAGAUACUAAGGAUGUAGAGAUGAGAAGAAACCACCUUUGCCAUCAAGGAGCUCACAACCUAAAGCAUCACGUCUGCUGCCAUGAUGGCUUUAAGGGACACUACAUCUUUAAUAUUUUGGCCCAUUAAAGAGUACAUGCAGACACCUGGGUGGCUCAGUGGUUGAGCCUCUGCCUUUGACUCAGAUCAUGAUCCUGGGGUCUUGGGAUCGAGUCCCACAUAAGGCUCCCCACCUGCUUCUCCCUCCGCCUAUGUCUCUGCCUCUCUCUGUGUCUCAUGAAUAAAUAAAUAAAACCUUUAAAAAAAAAUACAUGAGUCUAGAAUGCUUACUAGAGGCUCAGGGAUAACAAGAGAAAUAACGAUGUCCAUUUUCUAAUCUGACCUAUAAAUGGUAACUUUUCACCUGGGUGGACCAUGCCCUCAUCCAUCUAAGCACUUCUUUUUUAAAAAAGAUUUUAUUUAUUCAUGAGAGAUAGAGAGAGGCACAGGGAGAAGCAGGCUCCAUGCAGGGAGCCCAACGUGGGACUCAAUCCCAGGUCUCCAGGAUCACUCCCUGGCUGAAGGCGGCGCUAAACCACUGGGCCACUGGGGCUGCCCUCUAAGCACCUUUUUAGUAAACUCCAAACCCCCAAGACGGGCCCAGAUACAUUGGAGUUCCCUCCCUACUUUCAGAGAUUCUCUGUCUUGGGCUCUAGUUCUUUACAGCAGGGCUGACAGCUCUGUGCACUUCCUCCAAAAAAUAACAAACUUAACUCUAGCCUCAACAAAUCAGUGACACAAUAUAAGCCCAAUAUCCAAAGGAGACAAACUACAAAUGCCAGGCACUGCUUAAACAUUCUAAUGUCAAUUUAAAAAUUGAACAAGUCUUGUUGGUUUUAUUUCCAUGUUUCUCAAAUCUGCAGUCACCUCUCCCUAGCUAAAAUCCAAAACCUCUCUAUCCCAGAUUACUGCAAAAGCCUCCCUCCACACUGCAAAGGAAGUAAAAAAACACCUGAUUUCUUAAUUCCCUGAUGAUCUCCAGUGCCUCCUCUCCUAUGGGGAAAGAGUCCGGUUUCCUUACCUGAUCCCCUUGGUAACCAAACAUUCACUACUCCAUUUACUUCCCUUGCCUCUAAUUUUAUGCUCAGGAAGGCUGGAAGUCCUUAUUUUGACUUUUCUUAUGCACAGCUCCCCUUAUCAUCUUGUAUUCAUGCAGUAUCUUCCACCCGGAGAACUUUCCUUUUACCUACCUGAUUUGUACACAUACACAGGCAUCUGGGCGGCUCCUCUGACCAUCCCCACGUAAGUUCAUUACUUUGUAAACCUGGGUGCUGCUACAGUAUCUCCAUAAUACACUGAAUUUGCCACAUUGCAUUAUAAUUCCCUACAGCUGCAGCAGUUGGUUCCCAAACAUUCAUUAGUUUAAGGUAGUUCUAGUAUUUCCAUCCCCUUGCUAUUAACGGGUUCAGGGAUGGGUCGGCCUAAACUAAUUUGAGGCAAUGAGAAUCUGGUCUCUACUGGAAAAGCGUAAAGGUAGCAUGUUAUUCUGCGUGCCAUGGGGAACUGGCUUUAGUAUGAAGAUGAAGAUGACAAUGUCAGGUCAGAACAAGUAGAAGAAACUAUAUAGUAAUCUUUAGUGAUUAUUCUUACUUGCACUGGGUUUUCUUUUAAUUGCUACUCAAAGUAGCAAUUAACUUGUGCCACUGAACCUUUAGUGUUUCUCAAAAAUGUUUUACAUCAGAACACUAUUCACAGACAUGUAAUUGAAGUAAAAGCAUCACAAAACAUUACCUUAACAAAUAUAUGCACAUGAAUGCUGUCAGUUUUUUUCUAGUUACUUUUUUUUUAAAUGCUGAUCUCAAUUCAAUAAAUAAUCUUACAACUGA